CGAAGAAACCGGAUCGAAUCCGUCUCAAACACCCGAUUCACUCAACCCGAACAGAGACCCUAUCCACCACGGCGUCAAUUCCAGUCAUCUUCUCUCUGAAAAUAAACCUCUAGGGUUUCCUUAAACAUCACUCCAGACGUCGCCCAUGGCGGCGACAGCCAUAUCCCUCCAACUCAGACCCAAACGCCGACCAAUCGCAAACCCUAACUUCCUCCAUUUCUUCUCAUCAUCAACCCCCUCAGACUCCACCAAUGCCGAUGACCAAAAUACCCCACCACCACCACCAUCACCACAAUCUCCAUUCUCUUCAUACUUCAGCGACGUCAAAGCCAGCCUCAAACAAAACCCGCCGCCACCACCUCAGCCCCAGCACCGACAAGGCCAGUCUCUCGAAGAAAUCCGCAGAAAUCUCUCCCAGUUCCACCGCCCCUCCCCUGCACCUCCUCCACACGAAAAAUCCUCUCCCGCCGCGACGCCGCUGAUCUCGUUUCAGGAGCUUUACAGGCGGAGGAGCGAGAAUUCGACCAUCCAAGCGAGUAACAAAGGCAGUGGGGGUGGGCCCUCGUUCGACGCCAUCCGCGAGAGCUUACGUCAGCUCAAGAUUAACAAGAGCAACAGCAACAACAACAAUCAAAUCAAUAACAACAGGGAUCCGAUGUCGCUCAAGACGCUGGCGCAGGAUUUGAAUUUGCGGCCGGGCGGUCCGAACAAUGUGAUCGGUGGGACCGAUCAGCGGCUGCCAGCGUCGGUGUUUGGGAAGGAGAAGGAGAUGAGGGAGAAGGAGCGGGAAUCGCCCGCGAUGAGGACGAAGUUCGUGAGGGGUUACAGUUACGAGGAGUUAGGGAAGAAGUUGAGGAUGUUGAGGCCGCCGGAGGGUAAGAGAGGAGGGGAUUGGUUUUCGUUGGGUGAGUUGAAUGAGAGGCUAAUGAAGUUGAGGGAGGUGGAGGAGAAGGAGGAGAAGUUUGUCGGGUUCAGUUUCUCGGAUUUGAGGCAGAGCCUCAUGACGAUGCAGCUCUCGAGCGAAGAGAAGAACAAGAAGCAAAUGUCUCAGAGACUCGAUGUCUUGGGCCAGCUUGGCGGAACUCCAAACUUUAUGCUGUCACCACCAAAGGACCAGUUAGUUGAAAAGUAUUUCCAUCCAGAUAACAUGUCGUCUUCGGAGAAAAUGAAAAUGGAGCUUCAAAAAGUGAGAGAUGAAUUCAAAAUGUCCGAGUCAGACUGUGGAUCUGCUCGUGUUCAGGUGGCACAACUGACGACUAAGAUCAAACACCUGUCCACUGCUUUAGACAAGAAGGACAAACACUCUCGGAAAGGUCUCCAAGCAAUGGUCCAAAGGAGGAAGAAGUUAUUGAAGUAUCUAAGAAGAACUGACUGGGAUUCCUAUUGCCUUGUUCUUUCUAAACUUGGUCUCAGGGACAACCCUGAUUUUAAAAUUUUGACUUACCCCAAAAAAACCGCUUAAUCAUAAGAACUAUAGAAUCAUCUGUAGUAUUUCAUCAAGUGGAAUCAUCUGUAUCUCUUCCUUCUUACAUUGGAGAUAGGUGGAAUUGUAGUGAUUUGUACCCGAACUGGAUUUUUGAAUGCUACAAUAAGAAAGUGCAGAAAUUGCUCGAGCA